UAUUUAGUACUAUAAAUUAAGCUUGCAAGUCUUCAUCCAUAGCUAGCAUGGAUACAAAUUCUCCUUUCAGUGUGCAUCGUACCUUUGCAUAACUUUUGGCAGCUCAACAAUAUAUAAGCAUUACCACCCACCAAAUUCAGAGACAUUACAUGUCAUAUGUGAAAUAGUUUCAAGUAAAAUAUUGCACCUGAGAGUCAGCUCUUGUAAGAAAGAAGGAUGUCAAGUGCAAGCUUGCAGAUUAUACUCAAAGUGUUAAUGUUAACAAUAUCUGUUUCUUGGGCAUGCUUGUGGCUACUCCGCCCUACUGAACUGUGGAAACGAUCAUGGCGCGAAGCAGAACAAAGAACCACCAAUUCACUCUAUGGAAUUUCAGGUCUUGACAUUUUAGCGUUCUCCACCCCAAUGAUCGUAGUGGCCAUAAUUGGUUUUAUAUAUUUACAACUGGGAGUAAGCAAAUCAAAAUCCCGAUGUAGAAGGACUUUGAAUAGAAACUUAUCAAAUCCAAUCAUAAUUCGGAGCCCCAUGGGCAUCGUAUCCAUGAAAGAGGUUCUGACAACUAGUGUGUUCAUCAUCUUCCUAGGAUGGACCUUUUACUCCAACACGUACAAUGGUUUCAAAAAGAUGAAACACUCAGAAUCAGAAAAUUGGCAACCCUGGUAUUUCAAGACAAUGAAGAUAGGAGUCAAGUUUGGAUUCGUAGCAGAAGCAUGCCUUGCCUUGCUUCUCUUUCCUAUUUUGAGGGUGUUGGCCUUACCUCAGCUACUUGGGCUCCAGUAUGAAGUUUCAGUCAGAUAUCACAUAUGGUUGGGAAACACGAUGAUGCUAUUUUCAGUGUUACAUGGUUUUACCAUCAUGUUUGCAUGGGGAAUCAAGCACAGCCUUCAAGAAGAGCUACUCAAGUGGCAGAAAACCGGGUCCGUUAACCUGGCAGGAGAAUUUGCCCUGAUGGCUGGGCUUAUCAUUUGGAUUACAUCAAUUUAUUAUAUAAGAAGGAAGUGGUUUGAGUUAUUUUACUGGACCCACCAUUUAUAUGGAGUAUUCAUAGUCUUUUUCUUAUUCCAUGUUGGAGAUCGGCAUUUCUACACAGUUAUUUCAGGGGUUCUUCUUUUCACCCUAGACAAGAUUCUAAGAAUAGUUCAAUCAAAGGCAACCACUAGUCUUAUUUGUGCCCGCAUAUUGCCAUGCCAAGCAAUUGAGCUAAUUCUCUCAAAGCAUCCCAGUAUGAAAUACACUGCAACAAGCACGAUAUUUGUAAAGAUACCAACCAUAUCGAAGUUUCAGUGGCAUCCAUUUAGUAUCGCAUCCAGCUCAAGUACAGAUACUGAUAGAAUCUCAAUUAUAGCCAAGUGCCAAGGGGAAUGGACAAAGUCACUAUACAAUACCAUACAUGAUGCAUUGGAUUCAAGUGGCAAUCAAAUUAAGUCCCUCCCAGUUGCAAUAGAAGGACCCUAUGGAGCCAUCUCAGAGUCCUACCUAAGAUAUGAAAGCUUACUUUUGGUUGCUGGAGGGAGUGGUAUAACUCCAUUUCUGAGCAUUUUGCAGGAGGUUGCUACUAGAAAUAGAAACAAAAAGUUUAGUCAAAGAAUUCAAUUGAUAUACAUUGUGAAAAAGUCAAAAGACCUCACAAUAAUGAAUACAAUUUCAACAGUGCUCCUAAAUCGCACUGCUCAGCAAGAAGGGUGGCUGAAAUUGCAAGUUUUUGUGACUCAAGAACAAAGGCCAAGAACCACACUAGGAGAACUGCUAUACAGACAAUCUCAUAUAAAAUCAGUAUGCUUUGAUGCAAGUUACUCAAAGAAUUAUAUUUCAGAACCUGAGAGUCUACCAUGGAGAGCUACACUAAUAGCAUUUCAUUUCAUAAUAUUCCUUGCAUCGCUUGGGUGCCUAAACCAUGCAUUUCUUCAUCCCCCUUACAAGGCAAAUCCUUCUUGGGUUAGGGCUCUAUGCAGAAAAGGUGCUCUCAUAACAGCCAUGAUAUGCAGUGCUUCAGCUGCAGCUUUACUGAGAUGGCAAAAGAUGAGGAAUGAAACACGGACAACCUCUAAGAUUCAUGGCACAAAUACUGAACUCCAAUUGUUGGAAGAACAAACCCCAUUUUGUGAUAAUCACACUAUACAUUAUAGACAGAGGCCAGAUUUUCAUGAUAUAUUUUCAAGCUAUGAAAAACAAGAAGGUGAAUCCAGUGUAAGGGUACUUGUUUGCGGGCCAGAAUCAAUGCAGAAGUCUGUGGCAUCUGUUUGCAGACAAUACGCUUUUGGACCUAAAAAGGAUGAAAAAAGGAGGCCCUCAUUCAUCUUUCAAUCACUUAACUUUUCUCUCUAGUGUUUAACCCCCCUGAGGUGAUCCAAGAAGUUUAUAGCAGAACACAUGACCUCAGAAAGAUCAAGAAAGCCAUACACAAGUUUGUGAAGCAUUGCGAGUAUCCUUACAGAAGGAACUUGAAGAAAUAAAUGCUAGUUAGAUUAGGCAUAUGAGACAAUAAGUGUUAAAAUUGACUUGCCCGUCGUAUUAGCCUAAUUCUGUUUUAACAGCCUGAUAAAAUAAGUGUUAAAAUUGGCAUCGCCUUCAUAUUAGCAUAAUUCUUCUUCAA